CUUGCUACAUCAAGCUGUGAAGCGUUGAGUCUCAUCCCCGUUUUGUUCUGGACCGCACUUGUUCAACCUGCACAUCUUCAGCGGGUAUGUUCUUGGGAUUACCGAGAUUUCCUCCAAGAUAGUAUUCCGUUGGGCUAUUGGAGGUAUAUCGGCGUUGCGUGUCUACGCCAUCAAUGGUCGCAAACUGGGGAUGCCCGUGGCCAUUUUGCUUCUUUUCCUGACUUAUACACUCUAUGACUUCUACAAUGCCAGUAGCUUGUUCAAGGAGCCGGCACCACCGCCAGUUGACUGCAUUCUCCUUUCAGCCAUGCAACCGGAUGUCCAGCACGGAUUGAAGAUAUCUGGUCUUGUGUGUGCGGCCGUCGCCGAGGUACUAGUCCUGGCGGCUACAUGGCGCGCAACGUACAGGGCAAGGAGAGCGUCUGAUAGCUCGAGCACAAAAACAUCGGUCAGCGCAAUGUUGCUUCGGGACGGUACCGUCUACUUCGGCGUCAUUCUUUUGCUUCUCAUUGCCAACGCCGUAUUGGAACUCGUGGCCACUGACGUCUCCAUCACGUCGCUGACCUACGUACUGCAGACCGUCUGCAUCACGCACUUGUACAUCAACCUUCGUCACGCUGCAUCAUCAAAUACACUCCCAGGGGAGGAUUCCCAGAUUCACGUUUCCUUCUCGCGCGUCCUAGGCACCCUCGACGGCUCACUUGUCUUCGGGUCUGAUGGAUACGCGAGCGACGGUGCUGUGAUUGACAAUGCUCUCGCCCUAUAUGUCACAAGCAUGGGUGGCAAGACCGAGGGUAUAGCGAUGUUGAACAUGGCAAGCUCCGAGCGCUCGUCCGACCUCGAUGCCAGCCUGGCGCUGAAGCAGGGGUCGUUGGAUAUGUGCGCGAGAGCCGUUUGAUGGCAACGCAAUGCGGCGGCACUGCGCUGUUUGGUCUAGUAGUCUUUUGACGACUACUGACUUCAUACCCGUCCUUUGUGGUACUUGGCUAUAGAGUCUGUUGGGGACUGGCCUCUGAUGUAAUUUAGAUUGACUGUGUGUAUGUCCAUGUAUACAUACCUCACGGCACGAAGGAAACUACAGGGGUAACCUAUGAUGAAGAUGACUUGGCAUUGAUAGUUGAC